AUGGGCAGCCUCUCCGGCCCGGCAGCCACGGCGCUGCCAUACUGGCAAGUCAACGUCCCCACGGACCGCCGCACGGACGAGUGCCCGGAGGGCCUCCGCAACCUCUCGGCCAAGGACGUCGGGAUCCUGAGCACGCCCGACGCGGCCUACAACCGGCAGACGUGGACGGAAGUCCGGCGGCUCGUCGAGACGAACCGUCUGGAUCUGUUCCAGCGGGUGCCGAGCGAGCUGAGGCGGUACCGCUUGUUUAUUCACCACUUGAUCAAGGAGCACGGGAGUGUGAUGAACUUUGUGCUGAGGCAGCGGCUUGGAUGGGAGGAGCCGUUGAGGGCUACUGAGGAGAAAGCGAGGGAGGAGAUUGAUCGAUUUGUGGAGGGGACGUUUCGGGCGAGAACGGAGCCUGAUACUGUCAUUUGGUUCAAGAACUGGCGGAGUCUCAAGUCCGUUCACGCGGUUGAGCAUUUCCACGUCAUGCUCUUUGACCCGGAUCCCGCGUUCAUUCGGGAGAUUACCAAUGGAGAUGUGCCCCAAUGUGACAAGUUUGAGGCAUGA